UUAAUAAUACUUCUGGGUUUUUAUUUAAUAAUACUUCUGGGGGUUUUUUUUAAUAAUACUUCUGGGGUUUUUUUUUUCUUUUUUAAAUGGAUGGAGAGACAGAAAAUGAGGUGAAGAAUGAUAAGCUGUUGCAUCAGAUCAGGAUGAAGAAAACUCAGAAAGUGUGAAAGCCACUGAGGAAGAGGCUCCUGUUGGAGAAGAGAACAGUAGAAGUGAGUUUCCGGCUGUCUAAUGCAUCACCACAAGUGCCAGUUUCCACGACAACCUAAAACAAAACGAACCGAUGCAUUAGACUCCAGAAGUGCACCAGCUCCCUAUAGCUGUAUUACACAAAUAGAAUAAUACUUCUGGGUUUUUUAUUUUCUUUUAAAAAAAAAUGGAUGGAGAGACAGAAAAUGAGGUGAAGAAUGAUAGGGUGGUGUCAGCAGAUUCAUCCAUUGAGGAGGACAAUUCUCCUAUUAAUGGACAUGGAAAGGAAGGUGUCCCAGCUGUUGCAUCAGAUCAGGAUGAAGAAAACUCAGAAAGUGUGAAAGCCACUGAGGAAGAGGCUCCUGUUGGAGAAGAGAACAGUGAAGAUCAGUUCCCGGGUGUCGAAUGCAUCGCCACAAGUGAAGACUUGGAUGUGAAGGUGAAUGAAGUGAGUGAGCAGCCGGUGUCCCACGAGGAGAGUGUUGUUUCUGAAAUCAACAGCAAUGAUGACGAUGGACCUCCCGGGCUGCAUCUUGAGACCCCGGAGAGACAGAACACCAGUCCUGAACGAGAGGAAGACGAGGCUGACGAGGCUGACGAGGAAGAGGAAUCCCCUGCUGCUCCUCCCGCAGAUAAAGAAGGCAUCGACUAUGAAGAAUACAUGCAGCUCCACCAGCAGCUGUGUGAGGACAGAGAUGAAGCCAGCCAGCACCACAGCUCGCUGCAGGUGAAGCUGGCGGAGUUCUUCCGCAGGAAUGCCGGGGAAUACGCCCAGCUGGACAUGGAGACACCGGUGUCGGAGCAGCUGCAGCAGUAUGAGAAGUACGUUGACCUCCUGACUGACCUGAAGCAGCAGUUCACCGCUGAUUCACAGACGGCUCAGCAGCAGGCAGAGGAGCUGAGGUUCAAGUCCCAAGAGAAGCUGGACAAGGCAGAAAAUGAAUGGCGAGCGUUCGUGGCGCUGAAGCAGGAUGUAGCUGUGACAGUACUAAGCCGACGCCUGGGCAAACAAGCUGCUCAGGCCAAAGUGGAGGCAACCUUGGCAACAGAGAAGCUUCUGCAGCACGAGCUGAUCAAGCUGCGCCUCAAGCACAACAAGCUGAGGAUCAAGAUUCACAGGCUGGAAGCAGAGCUCCGGGUAGGAGAAGAACAUGCCAGGAACCCCCUGCAUCUCCAGUUUGUGCAGCUGCAGGCUGAGAGGCUGGAGCUGCAAAGACGUGCGGAAAAGCAAAAGGAGGAAUCUUUAAAGAUGCAGAAGAAGAUCAGCGGCAGCUUGGAGCUCCUGUCAAACGUAAAGGAGAAGCUGUUCUGGAGCCAGAUGGAGGUCCAGGCCAAGCGAGAGCAGCUGGCCAAGGUGGAGGCCAUGGUGGCCAGGAAGAGGGAGCUCCUGAGCGGGACUCGGCAGGCACGCAACGGCCUGCAGAGAGACAACCUGAGGCUGAAGGAGCACCGUGGACUGCUGGGGAACAGGGUCCUGCUGCGGGACUUUGAGGACACCGUGGACGCCUCCGACCACCUGGAGGAACAACUGGAGGAUCUGAAGUGCCGGCAGGCUGAGAUCGUCUUCAGUUGUGGCAGAUGGAAGACAACUUAAUGCAUGAAUGAAUGAAUGAACUAAUGACUGAAUUAACUUCUUAAGGUGUGAUCAGACCUGAUCCCGGCUUUUGUGCAGAUUUUUCCGCCUUUGUUUUAUUGUUCGUCUUUGGAUAUUUACUACUUUGGGCAAUACUUUCAUAUCUUUUUUUAUUUAACCAGAUCAAAUCCAUUGAGAUAAAAUCUCUUUAGCGUUGGCGAUCUGGCCAAGAAGUUAAACAUUGAAUGCACAUAGAUUUCAUACAUACAAUAAAACUAAACCAAAACAA